GCCAAAUGUUCGUUGCUGCAGCUGUUUUUCAGCCGUGGCGUGGAAGCAAGGCCGGACUGUGAAGGAUGCAAGAUGGCAAUAGCAACCUUGGGCAAAAGCAGUCUGACAUCGUCGGCAUCUUGCAAGAAGAGCUGCGUGCGCACCUUGAUGCGCUAACAACGCAAGUGAGAGCCAUUGUCUCGCAAGAGCUGGAAACCAGCACUGCCCGGUGGGACGGUUUGCUUUGCUCACAUCUCUUCGGUCCGUUGGCCAAGCCGUGGGAGACGCACACUUUGGGGGUGCCCAGGCACGAGUCCGAAUCUGAUGUAAGCAGCGAGAACAGCGGCCAAAGGGAAGCUGCAUCCCAGGCAACAUCCAAGCCAUGCUGGGCACAUGCCAGCGAAGGCUCAAGCCGCCCGCGAGACCUCAAAGUGUCAGAGCCGACGAGACGAUGCAGCUCUGCGACUUUGGAUCCAAAGGGCUGCUCCACGACAGCCGACCUGCGCCAUAGCUUGCUGCACUCAAUCGCGGAACUGGAUGCGAAUACAGGCAGCCCACUGAAUCGAAGGCUGCGGAAGUCGGUGACGGCUCUAAUGGUGACAUUGCCGCCACCAUUGCACAGGCGGAGCACUUGGCUCUCGACAUCGGAAGAGCCACGGUCUGGCCUGCAAAGAGUGCGGGUACAUUGCCAGAAGCGCAUCGUCGAGACAAACUUGUUUGAAAGUGUUGUCAUUUUUAUGAUUUGCUUCAACACGGUUAUGAUAGGCGUGAGCUGCGACUGGAAUCUGACGCAUCUCAACGAACCAGAGCCCACAGCAUUCCAAGUUUUAGAGCGCUGCUUUGCUGCAGUGUUUGCUUUGGAACUCGUUCUGCGAAUAUUUGCUUACGGGUGGCAAUUCUUCUGGCGAUCAGACUGGCAGUGGAAUUGGUUUGAUUUGACAAUUGUAAGCCUGCAGUUGUUUGAAGAGGUGUCGAGCAUAUCCAGAUCGAAAAGCGAAGAUGGUGAGAUGAACCUGAGCUCCUCUUCAAGUGCCAUCCGCAUCAUUCGAAUGUUCCGCCUCCUACGCAUAUUGAGGAUAGUACGAUUGCUUCGUUUCAUUCAGGAGCUUCGGUCGAUGCUUCUGUCAAUCCUGUCAACUCUCCGGGCGCUCGGGUGGACAAUGGUGCUGCUUGUCAUGAUUAUCUAUGCGGCAGGCGUGUUUUUUGCACAGUUCAUAAUCGAUGCAGCAGCAGGCAACAGCAAUAUCAUGACUGAAAAGCCAGAGCUGAAAUUCUACUUUGCAGACCUGCUGCGAACGAUGCUGUCUUUGUAUCAGUCGAUGACUGGGGGUCUCAGCUGGGAUGAUGCCCUCAGGCCACUAGAAGAGGCAGCAGGUGGCUGGCUGGCUGUGCCAUAUGCAUUGUAUGUGGCAUUCGUGGUCCUGGCCCUCACGAACAUUGCAACUGGCAUGUUCGUUCAAGCUUCGCUUGGAGCUCAUGAGCGUCAGCGUGAGAAGGAGAUUCGAAAGCAGUUGAGACAUCUAUUUCGGACAGCCGAUCUGAACCGCGACGGUGACCUGACUUGGGAGGAGUUUGCACGAUUUCUGGACAAUGAGGAGCAGUCCAGAUACUUUCUCAACUGCUUGUGCAUGGAUGCUCGUGAGGCUAAAGGCCUGUUUUUGCUCCUCGACAUCAACGAGACUGGGCGAGUAAGUUUUGAGGAGCUUUUGGACGGAGUGUUGCGGCUACGUGGAUCAGCUCAAGCCAUCGAUCUUGCCACAUUGAUGUACUGCAACAAGCGUAUGCUGACGUGGCUGCGAGAGAGGCUGAACACUUUACAGGAAUCUGUCGACGCAUUAUCUGGGGUGCCGCCUGCUCCUCAAAAGAGGAAGGUGAGCGUGUAUGCAAGUUGGAAUGAAGUGAUGACCAAAGUGGCUGAAGACUAAACUCGCGCACAGAAUGCAUCCACGGAAUGCACCAUCAAUGUAUUUGUGGCGUAACGUAUGCGUGGCUGUGCGUGCAACAGAGUUUGAAUCAGCCUAUUAUUCGGUUUGUCCACAGCAUGAAUUUUGGCGCCUUGUGCCAGAUGUACAGAGCGCCUGGCAUGCUUUUUGUUCAGGGUCCUUGGCAACCCUCGCCCAACCUGACAAAGAAUUAAAGGCAGCUGCGGAAGCAUAAAUCCACCGAGCAGAGGAGAACCCAUGGAGACCGAGGACCAUUGCAUGUUCACAGCUACUGCUGUGCGUGUCUGGAAGCUGCAGCUCAGCUGCAGCAACAGCACCCCAAGUAUUCAACUGCAUGGGCAAGGCAUGCAUAGUUGGCUCGCCCGACGAGGCAUGCCCAAAUUCCGACUUUGGAUUGUGUGUUUUUUGAGCAGCAUGCGUUGCAUGGGCUCACGGAGCAAGACGGGCGACUGUCCAAA